AGACAGACACAGUGGUGACAAGGACAGGGUGUCCCCACCAUGGCCUGCACUCAGCCCAUGGCCAGAAUUGGGGGCCGGUUCCAGAUCCGCAGCCUCCUGGUCCGACAGUGCCUGGCAGAGUUUCUGGGUGUGUUUGUGCUGAUGCUCAUUACUCAGGGAGCUGUGGCCCAGGCUGUCACCAGUGGAGAAACCAAAGGCAACUUCUUCACCAUGUUCCUGGCUGGCUCCCUGGCUGUUACCAUAGCCAUCUAUGUGGGUGGAAAUGUUUCAGGGGCUCACCUGAAUCCAGCCUUCUCCCUUGCCAUGUGCCUCCUGGGACGUCUCCCCUGGGCCAAGCUCCCCAUUUACUCCUUGGUGCAGCUGCUGUCUGCUUUCUGUGCUUCUGGAGCCACCUAUGCCCUCUACUAUGACGCCCUACAGAAUUAUACAGGUGGGAACCUGACAGUGACUGGACCCAAGGAGACAGCUUCCAUCUUUGCCACCUACCCUGCCCCCUAUCUGUCCCUGAACAAUGGCUUCUUGGAUCAGGUUCUGGGCACUGGGAUCCUGAUUGUGGGAAUCUUGGCCAUCCUGGACACACAGAAUAAGGGAGUGCCUGCAGGUCUGGAGCCUGUGGUGGUGGGCCUGCUGAUCCUGGCCAUUGGACUAUCCAUGGGUGUCAACUGUGGGUUCCCACUCAAUCCUGCCCGGGACCUGGGACCACGACUUUUCACCUAUGUGGCUGGCUGGGGCCCAGAAGUCUUCAGUGCUGGUAAUGGCUGGUGGUGGGUGCCCGUGGUGGCCCCUCUGGUGGGGGCCGUACUUGGCACAGCCACAUAUCAGCUGCUGAUAGCUCUGCACCACCCUGAGGAGUCCCAGCCAGCUCAGGAUCUGGAGUUGGCGCGAUACAAAGCUUCAGAAACUCCUGCCUCAGCUCAGACGCCGGAGCAUUAA